AUUGGUUUAAAAAAGUAUUGAGUGUCAAUAAAACUGUAAGUUCUGGUAAUAAAGUUAAACAGGAACCUGCACUCACUCCUAUUAGUGAUAUAGAAAACAUUCUAAAUAAAGCUAUAGUAGGCGAUUAUUCGGAGCUAGAUGAUAUCGUAAGGAGCAGUCAAAAGAAUGAUAAAAAUCGAUUUGUUAUACUGAAUUCUGAAAAUUUCAAGAAUUUCUGUUCACAAUGGCUUAAAUUAGAAAUAGAAAGUAGGAGUGAUCAUCAAUAUAUAUAUUCGAAUAUACUCUCGCACUAUAACCGUAAUGAACAGUUCGAAUAUAAGUAUUAUAGAAGCGAGCUUUUAUUAUUAGCAAUUGCAGCUAAUGAUCAGCUUGCAGAAAGAUACCAUAAAGGGCUUUUCGCUGAGAAAAAUUUAAGUCUUUUACCACUGCUGGUUGGUGGUAAAUGGUAUGUAUCAGAGUUUAUAGAAAGAUUUCCUGAGCUUUAUCAAGAGCAAAAAUUGAAAGAAAAAACAAUUUUAUCGAAUGAGCAAACUAUAGGCUUCUUUUCAGUCAUAGCUGCUAAUAAAUAUCAAGA